ACCUUGGAUGCUUUAAUGAUAACUGCUGGAUUGAUAACACUGGUUCUAGAGGAAGAUGGAACGGUGGUGGAUACUGAAGGUUUCUUCCAGUCAUUAGGGGAUAAUACACAACUCAUGCUUCUGGAGAAAGGACAGAAAUGGAAGCCAGGAUUACAUAAUGGUAUUACAACAAUACAGCAACCAAAGAAAAUGGGAGUAGCAAAUUUCACUCUGGAUUUGUACAAACUGAAUCCUAAGGAUUUCAUUGGUUGUUUGAAUUUUAAAGCUACCUUCUACGAAAUCUAUUCUGUGUCCUAUGACAUCAAGUGUAUGGGAGCAAAAAGUAUUCUAAGGAAGAUACUUCGUUUUCUGUCACAGAUUGCCCAAGUAACAGGGCAACUUCUUCUCCAUAGCGGAACGUACAUACUACAAAUAACGGAUGAUUGUGAAGAUUGUCUGCUUACGGAGGCCAAACAUUAAAGCAAACAUAAGAGCCCUUUUAACUGCUUGUCUAUCCAGCUAACAUUGUAAAUUGGGUUUUGGGAAGGAGAGAGUUGAGUUACAUCUUAAUUUAUUAAAUAUCAUAAAUUUAGCUGGGUACAUAAAUAUACUUUAAUGUGUAAGCUUUUAUUUAAGAUAAUGAUGUCAUAAUUGUAAAUAUGAUCGGAAUCUUUUUAAUGUACUAAAUUAUUUAAGUCAAAGAACUCUUCUGCCAUCCAUUUCCAGUAGAAAGUUCACACAGCAAAACAUGACACAUACUAAGAACUUUCUUUUAUUACCAUGUGAACAGUUGUAUUAAACCUCAGAGAAUUUCAACAUUAAUCUCAUGUCUAUUUAAAACCUCCUCAUUGCUAAUCUAUAAAUAAA